AUGAACCCCCACGACCCUCAUCACGUCGCCGCUGCCAGCAGCACCCUCAUCAACUCGAUGGGCGAUCCCGGCUAUGGAGCUAUGAUCAAUCAGUUCCACUCCAUGGCUUUGCCCGCCGAUGGUCUGAUUCCCGCCGGCCCGGCCAUGGCUGGACACUCGGGCUUCGUCAAUGGUGCGAACCCCAACAUCGUCUUUGCCUCGCCCUAUUCUGGCACCGUCCCGGUCCUUCAUGAUCCUGGUUUUGCCGCCGCAGCAUACACUAUGCCGUACCCAGUCGGCGCCUUUGGUGGAGCCUACAGCCAGAACCCGCUGCCCUACACUCCAGGCCGUGCUGUUGGCUACAGCUCUGACCGCCUGUCUCGCGACGUUCCCGAUCUUGAGAACCGACGUGCUUCUUACUCGACUUCUGGCACAGAGUCCUCGCCUGCCACUCCCUUCGGUAUGAACUCGUCGGAUCGCAUUACCGCGACUCGCAUCGCGUCCAAUGACCGGUCUCUCUACACCACCCCUUCCCCGCGCCAGGGAAUCACGGACUUCGUUGCUCAGGGUCCCAAGGCUGUCAUCGCCGACCCAGAGCUGGAGCGUUUGCUCAUGCAGGAUCCUCCGAUCCCCAAGGCCGUCCCUGCCGUUUGGACAGAGCACCUCAAGUCUCUUGACCAGUGCCUUGAGAACCGCAUCACAGGCAAUCGCAACGUCUACAUCCGCGGACUCCACCCGACCACUGAUGACGAUCUUCUUUCCAAGUACGCCGAGCGGUUCGGCGAGGUUGAGCAGUCCAAGGCGAUCAUUGACACUGCGACCGGUGCCUGCAAAGGCUUUGGCUUUGCCAAGUUCAAGGAUGUCAAGAACUCUGAGAAGUGCAUCCGAGGCUUCUAUCGUCUUGGAUAUGAAGUCGGCUUCGCUCGGGUUCGUGAAUUGGCAACGGUCCAUCAUUUGUUGGAGAUUCUGCUAACAUAUCUUUCUGGCUUCAAGGAGAGCUUCAAUGCACGCCUCAAGGCCGAGGGAGAUGACUCUUCCACCAACCUCUACAUCUCCAACCUGCCCAGGCACAUCAACGAGAGCAUGCUCGCCUCGAUCUUUGAGCCUUUCCACAUUGUGUCUUCCAAGAUCCUCCGUGACAGCAUGGGCAAUAGCCGUGGCGUCGGCUUUGCACGCUUUGAGAGCCGCGAUGUCUGCGAGCAGGUCAUCGACCACUUUCACGGCAUCCCGGUCGGUGAGGAGAAUUUCUUGAUUCAAGUUCGGUACGCCGACACUCCUGCGCAAAAGGAACUGAAGCGCAUCACCGCCGAGCGACGCCAGUAUCGUACCAACGAAUACAACAUCGGCGCCUACGGCACUCAUGCCGUUGGCAUGACCCCAACCAUCUAUGCAUCUGGCAUGUGGGGACGUCGUUCCGCUUCCGUCCCUUACCACAACACGACCCUCCGUCCGGCCGAUGACAACGCUGAUGCGGGAGAUGCCGAGCAGGGAACCACUGAGGGAACCCACCAAUGCAAGGCUGAGCCCUCAGCCACUCCUUCCGAAGCCGGCACAGCCGAUGAAGGAGUGACCAUUGUCGACUCUCCUGCAGUCAAGACGGGCAGCUCGUCUUCUUCGCCUGUCAAGAAGGACUGA